UAUUUUCUAAGAUCUCUAUAUAUUCAAUUGAUCGAACAACUUGCUCCAUCUCAUUUAUUUAUACACUACACCCACUACUUUACUUCUAUAAGUGUCAAUAAGUGCUAGCUAGCUAUAAGCUAUAUUGCAAAUUUUCUUGCAUUCCAAGAAAAUGGCAAUAGGUAGUUCAAUUGGUGUUCAUGGUUGGGGAGACAUGAAGAGUCUCACCGGCCAGUUCGUCACUGGACGGUGGUUCGUCAUAUUUGCUUCCUUUCUAAUCAUGGCAGCCGCCGGAGCCACCUACAUGUUCGGCUUAUACUCCCCCGUAAUAAAAAAAGAACUUGGUUAUGACCAAAGCACACUAAACCUCCUUAGUUUUUUCAAAGAUUGCGGUACCAACGUUGGCGUCCUUUCAGGACUAAUCAAUGAACUCUAUCCACCUUGGAUAGUUUUAGCAAUAGGUGCUAUUCUCAAUUUUUUUGGUUACUUCAUGAUUUGGUUAUCAGUUACCAAAAAAAUAGCAACACCAAAAGUUUGGCAAAUGUGUCUUUACAUUUUCAUAGGUGCUAAUUCUCAAUCUUUUGCAAACACUGGUUCACUUGUUACUUGUGUUAAGAAUUUCCCCGAAUCUCGUGGCGCGGUUUUGGGAGUUCUUAAAGGCUAUGUUGGUCUUAGUGGUGCAAUUAUCACACAACUUUACUCUGCUAUUUAUUAUGAUGAUUUAAAGGCUUUGAUUUUGUUUAUAGGUUGGUUUCCUGCUGCUAUUUCUUUUGCUUUUCUUCGAACAAUUCGUUAUAUGAAACCUGUUCGACAAGUUAACGAGCUUAAGGUUUUUUAUAAUUUCUUGUAUAUUUCACUUGGUCUUGCUGGUUUUUUGUUGGUUAUGAUCAUAAUUCAAAAGAAGGUUAGUUUCUCACAGAGUGAAUUUGGUGUAAGUGCUGCUGUGGUAAUUUUCUGCCUUUUUCUUCCACUUGUUGUUGUUUUUAUUGAAGAAAACAAGAUUUGGAAGAGUAAAAAAUUUGCUUUGGUUGAUCCUUCACCAGUGAAAAUAGUAACACAAAGUGAAACUGUUACUGAAACUGAAAAAGAAAAAGAAAAAGUCAACUCUGUUGUUACAGUUCCAGCACCAAAAAAAGAUACAAAAUGGUAUGAAGAUGUGUUUAAUCCACCAGCAAGAGGUGAGAAUUAUACAAUACUUCAAGCACUUUUCAGCAUAGACAUGUUGAUACUAUUUGUAGCAAGUAUUUGUGGUAUUGGUGGAACAUUGACAGCAAUUGAUAAUCUUGGUCAGAUAGGAACAUCACUUAGAUAUCCAAAGAAAAGUAUAAGCACUUUUGUGUCAUUAGUAAGUAUUUGGAAUUAUUUAGGACGUGUUUUCUCAGGAUUUGUUUCAGAACAUUUUCUAACAAAGUAUAGAUUUCCCCGUCCUCUUAUGCUUACUUUAACAAUGUUUGUCUCUUGUAUUGGACAUCUUUUGAUAGCAUUUGAUGUUAAAAAUGGUCUCUACAUAGCUUCUGUGAUUAUUGGUUUUUGUUUUGGUGCUCAAUGGCCAUUACUUUUUGCCAUAAUUUCAGAACUUUUUGGACUUAAAUAUUAUGCAACUUUGUAUAAUUUUGGAAGUGUUGCAAGUCCACUUGGGUUAUAUGUCCUUAAUGUUAGGAUCACUGGUCAUAUAUAUGACAAAGAAGGUACAAAACAAUUAGAAGCACUUGGACUAAAGAGAAAAGAAGGACAACAAUUGAAUUGUGUUGGUGUUGAUUGUUUCAAGUUAUCUUUCAUUAUCAUUGCAGCUGCUACUUUUUUUGGUGCUGCUAUUUCACUUAUUUUGGUGGCUAGGACAAGAAAGUUUUACAAAGGUGACAUAUACAAGAGAUUCAGAGAAGAAGCUAUGGUGACAGAAGCUGAAAUGUUGGAGAAAAAGAACAUGGAAAAGACAGAAGAAGAUGCCAAAGUUGGUCAGCAACAUGUGGUAACAUCUUAGAAUCAGGAUAUAUAUGGAUAAAGAAGAUCCACACAUUCAAAGUAAAGAUACUUGAUUGCAUUGUUAUACUAUAGUUUAAUACCUACAUGCACGUUGUAAGUCAAUGCCAAGGUUAAUGAUUUGCUUUAAUUUAUCAUAUUCAUUUUCAUUUAGCUUUUAAAUAUAAGCUUUGGUCAAUUGUAGCAAUGUUCACUAUUGAAUGUAGCAAUAUUUUUUAAGAUGGUUUUCCUCGAUGUGUCAAGUGCGAAUAAAAGUUUCUCAUUAGAUGAAAAUAUGUUAAUUAUUUUAUAAAUGAGUUGACUUAUUUACUUAAUGUC